UACAUCAUGUAGGUUCCUCGAUCAGUCGUGUGGCCCCUAUUUGGUUCUCGCUGCCGUUAAAGUAAAAUGUCAUCAAUUAGCAGGCUGUAUUUGAAACUCAAGUGACUCAAGAGAGGUAAUUCUAUAAUGGACACCGAUAAGCCAUGGAUGGCCAAAAGGAGGACGACCAGGCACUUAACUCUGUAUCACAAUCUAUCUUUGUUACCGUUGGGACAACGCGUUUUGAUGACCUCAUAAAAACAGUCACUUGCCCAAGCUUCUUGAAGACUUUGAAGAAUUGUGGAUACAACAAACUUUUAAUUCAAACAGGAGGUGGCAAAAGGGUUCAAAAAGAUGAAAUAUUGCCUUGUGUAGAAGUGGAAUCAUAUGAUUUUAAAAAAUCAAUUUAUGAUGACAUUUUGAACUCAGCACUAGUCAUAAGCCAUGCUGGAGCGGGCAGUAUUAUAGAAGUUCUAAAAGCAAAGAAGCCUUUGAUAGUUGUCAUAAACGAAAAGCUUAUGGACAACCACCAGUUUGAAUUGGCAGAAGCGUUUCAGAAUAUGAAUUAUCUUUAUUAUUGCACUUGCAGCUCUUUGGAAGCAGUUAUUAAAGAAAAGGACAUGUCAAAACUUGUGAAAUAUGAAGCAGGAAGACCGGAGAUUUUUGGGUCAUAUAUUGCUGAAUUUAUGGGUCUAUCAAAUGAUAAAAAGGUGGCAUAAAUUGCUGCUCAGUUCUAAAUAUGCUCAGUUUUUAGUCCUUCAUGACUACACUCGAGAAUAAUAGACUACAACUCAAAAGAAAUGAAGCUCCAUAUUUGCUUUAAACCUCAAAAGGAAUAAUUUGUGAUAUGGAAUAAUCCUAAAGUUACUGAUAUGUUAAAAUAUAUAGGUGUUACCUUUUUUUAUUGUCAGCGAAUUAGCGGUAGGGUUAUGGCCAUUUUGCAAGUGACAAUGAGUUAUAACCAGUAAACAGUCAGUGUGGAAAUCUAGGCCCCCAACUGUAGAAUUUGAAUAGACACUUUUAUUGGGACCUGGGCCUGAACUCAAAAUGACACAUUUGUGUUACAAAUUUAUGUUUUACCACACAAUGUUGUAAUCAUAUAUACAUAGUACUUAAAAGUUUAUAACGAAAUCUUGAAUAAUGUUGUUGACUCUCUAUAUGAAAGUAAGAAAUUAUCUUCUAGACAAUUUGA